UUUUAAACGAAAACGUGAAUAUGAUUACUGGCCAAGGUGCGCGCGUUCUUUUCCACGUCCCCCAACAUUAAAUCCGUCAUUGUUGGCCACGGGAUCGUCACAUUUGACGGGACAGGCUGAGGCAAGAAACAGCUCCUGGAACAAGAUGAAGAGCCACGGCUGUCUGGGAGUGACCUCUGUAGUGGUGGCUGUCCUUGCACUACUGCAGUCCACACACGGGUACAUUGGAGAGGCUAACUAUCCAUACCUGCCCCGUAAUCAGCAUGAUUAUGACUCGCAGGGAUAUUUGUCGUCACAGGGCGGUGUGAACAGUGUAUAUCAAGGAAGUUUUGGUAACAUCCCUCGUGGCGCUGGCGGCCAGUACGGAGCAAACGCCCCUGCCCAAGUUACCUCGCCCUCAGCCGGUCGACAGCCAACUUACGGGAGCCAAGGACAGUACGGUAACCCUUAUGGGGGUCAACAGCAAUACGGUAACCCUUACGGGGCCCAACAACAAUACGGCAACCCAUACGGAGCUCAACAACAGUACGGCAACCCAUACGGAGCCCAACAACAGUACGGUAACCCAUACGGGGCCCAACAGCAGUACGGAAAUCCUUACGGAGCCCCACAACAGUAUGGCAAUCCUUACGGAGCCCAGCAGCAGUAUGGCAAUCCUUACGGAGCCCAGCAGCAGUAUGGCAACCCAUACGGAGCCCAGCAGCAGUAUGGCAACCCAUAUGGACCCCAACAGCAGUACAGUAGCCCUUACGGGACCCAACAGCAGUACGGUAACCCUUACGGUGCCCAGCAGCAGUAUGGCAAUCCAUAUGGUUCACAGCAGUACAGCAGUCCUUACGGGGCCCAACCGCUAAAUGCUAACCCAUACGGCGUUCAACAGUUUAGUAACCCUUACGGCGGGUAUGGAACCGGAUACGGGCUACCAACAUAUGGACCCAAUAGCUUACGAAACACACGCUAUUAGAUCUAAGUUUGACCACAAGGGACCAAAGACGCGUUCAAGCUUUAACUAAUCUGUGAUGCAUCAUCCACUCUCUAUAAAAGCUCCACCAGUAGAACCAGUAGAACCUACCCGGACGCUAGUUCAUAUUUGAACUGAAUACCGAGAGAGGGCCCGUUUCAUUAGUACAUGUAUACACUUACCGGGUAUCAAUUAUACAUAUAGAUAAAUAAUGCUGCUUGCAUGGAGGCACACCAAAAAUUGUUGUUGUCAUGAAAAUAAGACUUCCAUUAAAAUGCCGUGAUCUGUUUUCGCUUUUUGCUCACACUUUUCAUUUUUUCAGUGUCUUAUAUACCAGUUCAUUGAACUAUAAUUAUAUUUAUUAUU